CUUGGGACCUCCUCAGAAAGUCAACCUAUAAUCCCAAAUUCCCAAAAGAAACAGUUCAUGUAAUGCUGUCUAUUUAAAAUAAAGCCCACAAAAUUCCUGAAAUUAGCAGUAAUCUUUCGAAAAAUGUCAAAAGAAUAAUCGAUAUUACGAAAUCUCUACAUCCGAAGGGAGCUCCAAACCAAUUCCAGCCAAACUAGUCUGGAAAUCAGCCUCGAAGUUUGCCUCGAAGGUAUCGCUGAGUCACUAAUAGAUGUUGUCCAUUGGCGGAGACGGAGGAACAGGCCAUCAUCUCUGAGACGAACCCCGAAGCGCAGAGCACCGAUGUCCGACAAUUCGCCUUUCGUGCAAUUGAUGCAGGCCCUCGGAGGCGGCACCGCAGGCGCCGUCACCCGCUUUCUCACCCAGCCGUUCGACGUCCUUAAGAUCCGGUUCCAGAUGCAGGUGGAGCCGCUUGGAGAGCACAAGGCCUCCAAGUACCGGGGGGUGAUGCAUGCGUUCAAGGCGCUGUACGUCGAGGAGGGAUUUCGCGGCCUGAUGCGCGGCCACAACGCCGGCCAGGUCCUGAGCAUCUCCUACGCCCUGACCCAGUUUUGGUCCUACGAACAGUUCCGGUUUCACGCCCACCACGUAGCCUACUUGAACGACCGCCCGUUCCUGCUGUACUUCCUCUGUGGUGGCUUCGCCGGCUGCUUGGGCGCGGUGGCCGCGCAGCCCUUCGACGUCGUACGCACCCAGGUGGUUGCCGCCGAUCCGACCACGGGACGCAGCCGGAUGAGCACGGUCGAGGGACUGCGCCGGAUCUGGACCAAAGAGGGCAUGGCCGGCAUAUCCCGGGGCCUACAGUUUACCUUGGUCCAGAUCUUCCCCCUGGUGGGGGCCAACUUCCUGUUCUACAAGUAUCUGAACGCCAUGGUUCUGGCCUUCAAUCAGUACCAGGAGCGAAGCAAGGGCAACGUGUCCGCCAACCGCUCCCACGACAUCAGCGGGUUCCAUCUUUUUGUCAACGGCGCCUUGGCCGGAGUGGCUGCCAAGAUUCUGGUCUACCCGGCCGAUCUGCUCAAGAAACGCAUCCAGCUGAAGGGCUUCAAAGGCGACCGCCAGAGCUUCGGCCGCAAUCCGGACUGCCCGACGGUGCUGGAAUGCAUCGGCACUACCUACAAGGAGGAGGGCAUUGGAGGCUUCUACAAGGGCAUGGUGCCCACUCUGCUCAAGGCCGGCUUCACCAGCGCCCUCUACUUCACCAUCUAUGACAUGUUCAACCGGCGCUUCAUUCAUCCGUACAAGGACCACGGGUCCACUCAAGGGACGGGGCACAUCAAGAGGGGGAAUUCUUGGUCCCAAUAAAGGCGGGUAUUUACAUUAUUUUA